AUGGACUCGUUCUGCGUCCACAUGCCCGCCACGGCGCCGGCGGAGGUCGCGGCGCAGAUGGCGGACGCCGCGGCGGCCGGGCACGACGACGAGAAGCUCCGGCGUGCCCUGGUCGGCGGCGGCGCCGCCAAGGCCGCGGCCGUGCUCCUCCUCGCGCUCUCCUCCAGGUCCCCGCCGGCCGCCGGCGUGUUCCUCCGCGGCGGCACCGCGCUGCUCUGCGCCUACUACGGGGUGCUCGCGGCCGUCGCGCUCUUCGGGGGCCUCGAGGUGGCCGUGGGGUUCUGGGUCGCGGGGGACCCGGACCGCCGCCGCGGCUGGGGCCGGCGGGUCCUGUGGGUGUCCGUCGUUACCCUGGUCGUCGUUGCCGGAUUGGGUGGUUUCGCCGUGCUCAAGUAG